AUGAUGAAGGGAGGGGAGAUAGACAUUAGAAGAGAAUUGGAUAUUGAGUUUGUUGAUGAGGAUGGAAUAGAUGCCAAGGGUUUGACGAGAGAGUAUCUCAACCUUGUUCUUCAAAGCAUGACAGAUGGCACAGGCGGUUAUGUUUUAUUUGAAGGUAGGGAAAUGUUAGGCAACUGAACACUUUUAGAAUGUAGGUAUGUACAUGUAUUUAGUUACUUGCCUUCUAUUGUGAAUGGUAAAUUGCAAUGGUAUUGUGUCACUGGGACUGGGUAAAAACAAUAAAUGCAUUCGUGAUAGACAUUAAAAAAAGAUGUAUCAAAACCUAUUUGCAUCAGACAAAUGGAAGUUGUGUCCGUCAAUAUAACUUACUACAUGAAGUAAACCUAAUUGAAAUGUGUAAAUGAUAUUAAAUAUAGAAGAGUAUGGGCUCUUAUCCCAAAUCAUUACUUAAUUUAGAUGCAUCCCACAUACAUAAUAAUACGUUACCAUGUAUUCUAUAACCAACAAUAAAAAAAAUGAAACGUAGAUGUUUUAAAAUCAGUUCUCAGCCCUACAAUGUAAACUGUAGUCCAAGAAUGUUUUUUUUUUUCUGCCUUCUUAAUAAUCAUACUGCAAUUCUCCACCUGACAUUCAGUAUUCAACUACAAUAAGGUCUUAUAUCCUGUCGACCUUAUGCACAUAAGGUGCACAGUAAUAUUUGUACAGCUAACAGGAAUGAUUGUAGAAAUAAUCUGAAUUUCCCAACUUAUUAAUAGACCAAGACUAAGUAACUAACAUAAAUUUUAUUAAUAGGAGACAGAGAUCACCUGUUGCCAGUUCACAAAGAAGAAUACUUGCAGAGUGGCUAUUUUGUCUAUGUUGGGAAAGUAAUUGCUUUGACAGUUGUUCAAGGAGGAAGUGGAUUGCAGUGGUGGGAUUGUCCAGAGCUUUCUCUCGUUAUUUGGUCACUUGGGGAUAUAGCAUCUUCUUUAACAGAGCUGACCAUUUCUGAUAUACCUGACUUGACUGUUCGAAUGUGUUUACAGGAGGUAAAGUCUUGUCAAUCAAACCUUUGUGCAUAAUUACAUCACGAAAUUUAAUUAAUUUUCUAAUUUUAUUUAGCCUUUCUGUCCCUCGUGAUGAUACCCAACAAUUCUCAAUACCUUGCCACUUGAAAAAUUCCCUUGGGUUUUGUCAGUUAGUCGCUAGCACAACAACGGCAGUGGGAAGGUACAAGAGUGGAAAUUUCCUAAGAAUAACUUGCAACAUUGGGAGAUAAACAUGUGACCUUGAAAAAUUUAUAGUUAUUGCAUGACAGUCUGUUGAUUGUAAUAAUUACAAAUUUAUGUUGAUGCUUAAACAAUAGGGACCUUAAGCAUCGACAACGAAACGGACGACGACGACGCCUCGUAACCGAGACAGACUGGGCCAAGGGUUUCGUUUUCGGCGGGGAAAACGAAGUUUAAGCAGUGCAGCUUCCCAGACACACGACGACUUUUUCUUUGCGAAGAAGUUUGUCUUGUUGGAGUCUUGUUAUGGCAUUCAAAGGCCUCCGCAAUUUGCACCUCAUAAGCUAUGACGAUGGUUAAAUCGACGAUGGCGAAUUAAUUGUUCUUUACGACCUGUAUUAUUCGAUUUUGGAGGCUUUCUCUCUGUUUUUGUUUUGAAGUUAGAGUGAAUCCCGAUCUCGAACAGCUCUUGACUUGCAGUUACUCUAAAUUUCGGCUGCUGAAGAGAAUUCAGUGCUGCUGCAAUUCUCCCAUAUUUGUCCUAUGUCAGGGCUCCUCAUAACCACAUCAUGUUCCGGAGUCCACUGUUGGAAAUAGUUGCCUUUACUAACGGCAAAAAAACAUGGGAAAUUAUUAAAUUUUAGUACGAAAAAUUGAACAUUUAUCCUUUAGUACAACCUAAAAUGCACGAGUAAACAUAGACCGUCGGGAAAAGAACAGCAUCUAAUCUAACAGGUUCGGAAGCUGGAAGAGGACAGCUUACUUGUUUUUCCGACUGGUAGUUCCGCCAUCACUCAGGUUUUCAAACAAACCGAACCUGAAAAAUAAAUUCAAGUUAGCAGGCGAAGAAAUCGACAAAGUGCUUAACAUUUGGAUUCUGCUAAUCCACAAAGAAUAUAUUUCUACUUGUACAGAAUGACAAGGGGAAAAAAGAGUGAUUUACACGCAAAAAGUAUAGUUUUAUACUUACGUUUUAGCGACGACGGCAAACCUCCCUGAAUUUCGUCGUCGACGAAGCCUGGACGACGUUUUGACAACCUUACGCAUGCCCAGAAGGUUCGCGCGGGAAAAUUUCAUUUCCGGUCGGCGUCGUCGUCCCAUUUCGUCGUCGAUGCUUAAGGUCCCUAUUAACUCAUAUGAAGCCUGGUCCCAACAAAAUGUCUUCUUUAAGAAGAAAGCAUAACAACCUUGUAUAAAUAUUGUUUGUUUCCAAUGAUAUAUAGAUUGAGAAUGCCUCAGAUGAUGACACCCUUCAAGUGCUUCAAGGAAGGGAUGAUAUCCAAUUCUUGAUGGCUCAAGCAGGGUUUGCGAAUGAAUUUCUCACAUUAAAGAGCAAGAUAAGAGCAGUCCAGCAUGUUAUGCUUCACCAAGUAUUUAAAUUGCGACGUGACGAAAUUGAUGCUAUCCGCACUGGAUUGGAUUCUGUAAACUUGACAGAAUUUCUCCUUAUAAAUGAAAGCUGUAUUCCUAUGGUGUUCCCAUUAACUAGUGAUAUAUCAUACACAACUAAAGACGUACAGGAAAGCAUCACAGUAGCUGACGAAACAACUUUGACUGCACAUGAAAUUCAAGUGGUUGAAUGGUUCCGUACUUACAUUGAUGAACUUCCAGAGUGCAGUGAGUAGUACAUGUAGUUGCUUACAGUCUAUGUCAUUGUUUAUCCUAACAGGUUAUCAUCUGGGGAGCUAGGCCUUCUAGUGAGAGAAUGUUAAAGCUAUACUGACAUUUCAUAAUGGGGUUUACCAAAAAUUCAAAUGCCCAAAAGAAGCAAAGUGCUUCAUUUUGCUACAGUGGAGGCUUCUGCAUGUAAUGUGCACUGGUAUGGAGAGAUCCCUUCAGAACUGUUUGUUGUCUUAAGCAAAAUUCACUCAAGCGUGCAUCUAUAAUAUUGAUUUCAUAAAUCACUGAUCAGUUCGUUUUCAGUUUGCAUUUCAGAACAACGCGAAUAAAAGCAUUUUUCAAUGCACGCACUGAACCAGUCGUGUCCUCCCCCUAAUUUUUCAGUGUUGCUGUAGCCAUUUGUACUCUCAUGUUGCAAUUGUAUUAGCCAGUUCCUAUAUUUCCAAGGAAAAUGAACUUAUGAUUUGCCUACAUUGUAAAAUGAUUGACCUGAAGGUAGCCUGAGUAUCAGGCGUUUCUGGGGAAAAGGGGAAAGAUGGAAGCGAAAAAGGGAGAGAGCUGAAGGAGAGAAACGCCUGCCACAGACGCUUUUACUGGAGCCUUCCACCCCCACACAGCAUGAUUCGAUACCAUCCAAUCAAAAUCACUUCCGGUCAUUGGGUUGUCAGCUUCACGUGUCAAAAAUCUCGCCUAAAAUAAAUCUCACUUUACGGUCUGACCGAGCUCCGGUGCUUGUGUUGCUACGAUUUCGCUUUUUUCUGAAACCUCCAAUGAGGAGUUUUCGAAUACUUGUAAUGUAAAACCUGCCGUUUUUGAGGAAUUAUAACAUGUUUUAGGAAUUGUGCUAGUGUACGAUCGCCAACGCUCUGUUUGUAAAUAAACGGAUGCCCGGAAAAUUGUAAAUUGCUUUUGUUUACAGAGUUACAUCAGGCGUUUGUCUGGCAGUUAAAAAGCUGAUGUUAUCCCUCGUAUUCUCUGGUGGUUAAAAGGAGCUGCAAGAAUAAAUAGGAAGGUGCGAUGGUGAAACACCUAUGUCUAGAAAUUAUCAAGCAGCAGCAAAUUCCACCACUUCACAGAGAGCUCGUGAAAGCUGUUACCAGUUCAAAAAGAAGUGAGAGCGUAUAGCAAAGGUCAAUCCCGUUGGCGAAAUAUGAUGACGCCCGCUUGAGCUUAAGACAUUUCUGAAAGUGAGAAAAUUUUGGAAGAGGAAGCGAACGAAUUCUAAUCACGUACGCUAUCGUAACCGCCACAAGCAAAGUCAACCUUUUCAAAAGCAUUGGUGCUGUCAGCUAUCCCUCGCUCUAUUUUCAUUUACAGUGACAAUACCAUUUUAACGGCAGGAUGUUGUAAAUCAGAACUUAGAUAUCUGAAACACUGAUAUCGUCUUCUUUGUCCCGGUCUUGUGAAACCAAUACUCGGACAUAGUUUCGGCAGAAGCUGGUAUAUGACGCUUUUCCAUACUCCGCGAAAACACAAUUCUUGCUCGGGUUUUAUUUUUAUUCCAGGAAAGAACUUGAGAGCGACCUCUUUUUAGAGCCUUUUUGAAUUCCUCUCUGCGUCUCUGUCCAUGAAAGUAUCACAUACCGGUAACAUGAAAUCAAAACAUCUAUGAAAAAUUUCAAUGGGUUCUCCAUGCCGAUCGCUCUUGCGGUCGGUGACGUCAGGGGGUAUUGUGUGUUAUCCAAUCACUGCCACAUCCAGAUUUUGGAUGUGUCACACGAUUUGCUGAAUGGUUUUGUGUCAGGCCUUCCUUUCUCUUCUCCCCCUCCCCCUUCCCCCAUCUAAAAUUUCCUCUCCCCUAGCCCCUUAGGAAGGCCUGAUACUCAGGCUAACCUGAAGGAUUUAAACAUUGUGUACAAGUGUCCAAACCAACAUUGUAGCAGUUAAAGUAUUUGUCUCCUCUUUACGUUUAUAAGAUAAAGUUGAAGAUGUGUUUUGUUAAAGGGAAGAAAAUCAAUGAGGCCAUUUGUUUUUUUCAUUCCAGACAAACAGACAGGCACUGUCAAUGGCACAGUCAGUGAAACAACCUCUGAGCUGUCAGGUUUACCAACACUGAAGAAUGUCAUUCAGUUUGUUUUUGGUGAUCCAUUUCUCCCAAAGGGUACCAAACUGAAGUUUAGUUUCCGAGGGUCACAUUUUCCAGAUGCAGAUUCAUGUUUUGGGAUUCUGCAUUUACCCUGUGACCAUGAGAAUUACAGUUCUUUCAAAAGGGCAAUGAACAGCUGCAUAAAUUGCCAGUUUGUCGGAUAUGGAAGAGGAUGA